UGAUCUGAGAUCAGUGUGUUCUGUAGCAUCAGCUCGGUUCGUGAGAACGGUCCAUUAUAAGCUCCUGGGGUGCGCGGUACAGCAAGUCGAGACAGUCGGGAAACGUGGUGAAAGUGGGAGGGGGGUCGCAGCCAUGGCGAAGAGGUGUGUGUGGAGGAGCUGCAAGGAGGAGAAGGAGGGCGAUAACCUCAUAGUGGUCCAGUUCUCCAACGGGAACCUGAGUAACACAGAUGCUGUGAGCUUCUCCAUGUAUAGCAGCAAAGACUCGGAGAACCCCCGGAAGAAGAGCCGACUCAUCGUUGCAGCUGAGACGGACAGGCUGUCUUACGUUGGCAAUAACUUUGGAACAGGAUCUUUGAGAUGCAACACCCUUUGCAACUAUUAUGUUGGGGUCCUUAACAAGGCCACCAAAAACAUGGAGGUGCACAGCGCUCAGCUCUUCAACAUGCAGCCUGUAAUUCCAGGUGAAUCAACACGAGAAGAUGAACCUCAGAAGAAUGCGUCUCAGUCAUACAGGGACAAGGUGGACUCUCUGAUCGAGGCCUUUGGCACCAACAAGCAGAAACGUGCCCUCACGUCCAGGCGACUGAACAUGGUGGGAAGCGAGGCCCUGCAGCAUGCUGUGGCCAAGGCAGCCAACCGUGUCAUUGAGCAGAAGGGCUUGGAAGCCCUGGAGCAGGACGUGGCUCAGACGGAAUCGCUGAAUGAUGCCUCGCAGCACCUGCCACCUUGCCAUCCUGAUGCAGACCGACCAGAGGAUGUUUAUCCUUUUGAUGACCUCAUCUCCCCGGUGGAGUACAAGGCUCUGGAGGUGCCUGCACAGAAGCUGACCGAGUUGUCCCCUGAUGAUCUGCAGAAGAUGGAGCAGGAUGGCAGCCCCAGGUCAGUUCUCGUACAACUCCAGACCCUCCCCACUGAAGGAGAGAGGCGCCACAGACAAGCCCGCUGUGCCUGGUACCUGUUUCAGCUCAUCAAACUGUCUCAGCAGAAGAGUAACUUCAAUCGCAAAUUUAGCUUGGAGGAGGGCUGUCCCCGUGUUAUUGCCAACAAGCUGAUGAAGACCUUCACUGCUGAGGUGUUCAGUAGAGGCAGGAUCCAGCAUGUGGUGCCAGCCUCAAUGCGGGUGAAGCUUGCUGCAUACUGCCUGGCCUUGCUGCUUCAUAUGGGGGACCAGAUGGCUGACCUCACAUUGCUGCAUCGUGACUUGGGCAUGAAGGAGGCCAAGAUAGUUGAGGUGGCCAAGGCCAUGGGGCUGAAGCUCAGCAAGCAGCUAACCACAGCAGGAGGCAGCCUGCUAGAGGAACACCGAAUGGCCACCCUAGUGCUACCGCUGGUUCGACACGAGAAGCCCACAAUGCUCCGUAAGCGUAAAAAAAUGCGUUAGGAGGACUGGUGGUGUAAAUGGACUUUUGAGCCCUGGAGAUGAGGACUAGGACUCCACAGGCACAUCAUCUUGCACACACUCACAUUAUUGUUCUGGUUUUACACUGCAACCGCGAGUCAUUUUCUGUAUUUACCACCCAUUUUCAUGGAUUUGUGUCUUGAGUGGAGAUUAAGGAUCCAAAUGUCCCUGUUAAUACAAUCAGUGUAUUAGCAGUUCUGACAUUUACUAAGUGCAGCAUUUGCAUUGUAUGUAAUGGCUGUGAAUGUAAAUGUUUUUUUUUUUUUUUUUUUGUUUUUCAUUAUGAAACUUUAUCGGUUCUCCACAUAACCUGCGAUCUCUAAAAGAAACAUGCUUUUAUUCUGCUUCAA